CUGCUCCAGCUCCCGGCGCCGCCACCUCGGCCCGGGGCGGGCGGGUUGUGCAGUCAUGGAGUCGGAGCGCGAGUGCCGGGUGCUCUCCAUCCAGAGCCAUGUCGUCCGCGGCUAUGUGGGCAACAAGGCGGCCACUUUCCCCUUGCAGGUCUUGGGAUUUGAAGUUGAUACGGUGAACUCUGUCCAGUUUUCAAACCACACAGGUUAUGCCCACUGGAAGGGUCAAGUGUUAAACUCAGAUGAGCUUCAUGAACUGUAUGAAGGACUCAAGCUGAACAAGGUCAACCGGUAUGAUUAUGUACUCACAGGGUAUACAAGAGACACGUCAUUUCUUGCAAUGGUGGUGGAUAUUGUCCAGGAGUUGAAGCAACAGAAUUCUAACCUAGUGUAUGUAUGUGAUCCAGUGAUGGGUGACAAAUGGAAUGGAGAAGGCUCUAUGUAUGUGCCCAAGGAUCUCCUCCCAGUCUACAGGGACAAAGUUGUACCUGUUGCUGAUAUAAUUACUCCUAACCAGUUUGAAGCUGAGUUGCUCACAGGCAGGAAGAUUCAUACAGAAAAAGAAGCUUUAGAGGUAAUGGAUAUGCUCCAUGCCAUGGGACCAGAGACUGUGGUGAUCACAAGCUCAGAUCUGCAGGCUUCUCUAGGAAACGACUACCUAAUUGCUCUGGGAAGCCACAGGAAAACUAAAGCAGAUGGUACCAGGAUAACACAAAGAAUUCGCGUGGAGUCUCCUAAAGUAGAUGCGGUCUUUGUUGGAACAGGAGACUUGUUUGCUGCUAUGCUUCUGGCAUGGACACAUAAGCAUCCAAACAAUUUCAAGAUGGCAUGUGAAAAGACUGUGUCAGCCAUGCAACAUGUUCUGCAAAGGACCAUUAAGAGUGCAAAAGCACAAGCUGGAGAAGGAAACAAACCAAACUCAGCCCAGCUGGAACUGAGAAUGGUCCAAAGCAAAAAGGACAUAGAAAACCCAGAGAUCAUAGUGAAGGCCACCGUGUUAUAAAGGCUGUAUGUCUCCAAUAACGCACAAUGUAUCGAUGUCCUCAUUUCUUUCCUGUAAAUUGUAAUAUUUGCCUUAGAUCUGUGACAGAAACCUGACUUUCAUGAAAUAGUGCCCAGCAUAGGCAGAUAUCCACUCUCAAACAUAUGUGCUGGCCUUGCUCAGUUUUAAACACAAAACAGCUAGUGUGCAUUGAAGCAUAUUACCAGGUAUCAAAAUGGCUGUCAAAUUCACUUAGUCUGUGUAAUUACCCAGGGCAAGAGAGUAUGGUGUUCCUGCCUUGCCAAAGACCUCAGAUGUGAAUUUGCUAAUGGAAUGCUUGACUGACUGGAGAAUAUAUUUCAAGGUGGCAUCUAGUGCCAAUGGAGCUCGCUCCAUGCUCCCUUUUCUUGGAGAUACCUGGUUACCUACUGUGGUAUUCAGUAUCUCAGCUGCUAUGAAACUACGCAGGGUUAAAACUACACACAAAGUUCUGGUUGUGUGUAGGAGUACUUUGAAGAUAUUUGGCAUUUAAGUACUCUGAAGUGACCUUGAGGUGUCAUUCAUGUUACUUAUAACUGCUCCUGUUUCCUUGUCUAUGAACAGCUGCACAGUUUCAGUUUUUGCAGGUACUGGCUGCUUAUUUCCAACGUCUGUAGGUCCCCGUAUGAUUUUCUUCCAAAGCUGCUCCAUAAACAUCUUCAUUAAUAAGAUAAUCUUCUUCAUGCAGUAGCACUGAUUAGAAGUUUGUAGUUCUACCUCCAAGGCCAGGUUUGAGUCUUUGUUUAGUUUUUGGCUCUAAAGCACAAGCAUUCUGUAAGGACAGAAGAGAAAGCAGCUCUUACCCUGAAAGCUGGCUACCCUCCUAUGUUCUUCAUGGGUGGAUGUAUUUACAGCCUCUGUAAGGCACUUCCACCUAACAAUACUGAGCACUCUUGGCAGGCUUAGCAGUGAAGCCACGUGGUAAAAGUAAUAUUUUUAGUUUAAUGAGCUUUAAUAAGUUACCUAUUUUUAGCAGAUGCAGAGAAACACAAAGGAGUUGUUUUGACUAGGGACGACAGAAAUCCGUUGUUGUUAUUAUUAAGACAUCUUUAUUACAAAAUUCUGCUUAAUAAGGCUUCCAGAUGGGAUUCCACCACUCUGUGAUUCAGCAUCCUGUACAUCACAGCCACAUGCAUUACACCAGCAGGGCAGAUAUGCUUAUAGGUACUGCCCCCUUGUACUUCCAUAUAUGAUCUCUGCAUGGGACUGAGGUUCUUGCUUCUCCCGAGAUGAGAUGGAGUGUGGGGUUAUACAUCAGGUUUCAGUUUUUGAGCAUCAUUUGUCUCAGACAGCACAGGGAGAAUAAAACUGCAGAUCAGCUUGCAGUGACAUGAAGCAAAUUCGCUUUAGAGGAAAGGGCUGAGUUUUAUAUGGUUACCUGAGUGUGCUCAGGAAACUGACUCUUGUUUCUCUCCCACAUACCUUUCCUGCAUCUUCCUCAUCAGACCUUCCUAACAGGCAGUGUCACUUGCGUAGCUUGCGAGUCCCCAGAGAGGUUAUUUGGAGAUUGCUUUGGCUACUGAAGUCUUCACUUAUCCCACCAUUGGUGGACUUUUCUCACACUGUAAAACUU